AUGAGGGGCAGAAUAACCCUCCUAGUUCUAGUGGCGUUCCUCUCCGCUGAUGUCUCCCUAUCUCUGCUGAUGAAGAGGCCCGGAGGUACAGAACCGGUGUCUGUGGAUUUAGCAGAGGAGGGAGUUGAAGUGACGUCCCCCCCUGCGGUCUCCGCCUCUCGCUUUAUCAAUCUUUCUCACAAUGCAAGAGGCAGAAACCGUUCUCCUUACUGCCUCGAGGACGACUGCGCAUUUGCCGUUCACAGCGCUCACGCAAGGAAAACCAAAGCGCAAAAGCUCAAAAAGAAAGCAAAGAAACUGGAAAACAAGGCAAAAGAACUGAAGAAACUAUAUCUUCAAAACCACACUGAAGAAGAAUACCAAGUACUCAAGUACGGAAGCCUCGUAGACGCCUUAGAGAGGGAAACCGCCGCUGCAGCAGAAGGAGAAGGAAGUGAGGAACCACAGCAGGGCUAA